ACCCGGUUGUUUGAUGUUGAAGAAGGAGACUCUCUGCAUCAAAAGGAGGACAAAUGGAAGGGAAGAAGCACCAAUAGCUCAUCGCGUAAAACGACUGCCUUGUGCAGAGAAAGAGACAUUCUUCUUCAUGUUUUAAAUAUUUUCAAUUCCUUUCUUUCAUCCUGGCUGAAUUUCCUGCUCUUUCAAGGGAUUUUGAGUAUCUCUUGAACAGCUGAAGGUUUGUCCUGCAACCUAUCCUCUGAAUCCAUGGAGAAAGAUCCUAAGGUAGAAGAGACUAUUGAUUUGAAAAAAGGUGUUGAAUUGACAAAAUCAGUCUCUGAAAAGCAUCGGGAUCUUUUGAGACCAUCAGCUCGAUAUUAUUCAAUAUUUAAAGAUCGGGAAAAGGGCAAGUAUGCCCUACUGAGAGAUCCAGAGGAUUAUCAACAAGGACUUUAUGACAAGCCUCUUCCAUUUUAUGGAUGUGGAAUUGGAUGGUUUUCGUUUCUCUUGGGAUUUCUUUGCCCAGUUAUGUGGUUUUAUGGGACAAUUCUCUAUUUUCAAAAACACUAUCGGAAGGAUCCAAGAGAACGUGCAGGGCUCGGAGCUUCUGCAAUCGCUGCACUGUUAUGCUCGGUAGGGUUGCUGGUUACGGCAGCCAUUCUUGCAUUAAAAUUUGGAUUACGGCCUUCAUAAGUGAAAGUACAGCACAAAUUCAUAUCGAUUACCAUUGAUUUGCAGCAAAGACUGUGCUUUGUAUAUAGCAAUUUGCAAAUUAUAGGAUCAAAAUGGCUUUCAUAUUAUGCUGGGAGUGGAACAGGAGACUGCCAUCAUAAAAGUCCUCUAAAAUCUGUAAUCCUUUUGUUUUAUAAGUUCUUUGAAAUCCAUCUGUUAUGUGUAUGUGAAAGUAGGGUUUUGAGCUGCUCUCCUGUUGUUCCACCUCAGUGACUUGAACGACAAAUCAACAAGUGACGCUUCCUCAUGCCCUUAAAUUAGUUCUUCGAUUUGAUGAUGUAAUAACAAUCAUUGCUGACAUUGCUACCUGCCAUGAUGAUGCGGAAAAAUAUUUUCUUAACUGGUAGGUGAUACCAAGAGAAGACUCUCAUUCAAUAA